AUGGCAUCAGAUUCCCACACUCUUCUUCCAGUUCUCCAUAAGGAAACUGUCUUCUCUGAUUGGCAGAGUGAUGCCAAGGCCUAUCUCAGAGGCAAAGAGGUGUUUGUGUACUGCACUGCCACCUUUGAUGCAGCCAAGCAUGAGGAAGUCAAGAAGGACAAGUGUGCUGGCAUCUUGUGGAGCAUGCUCUCCCCUGAUGUUAGGUCCCUAGUGCGUCAGCAUGAGGAUGAUCCCAAGGCCUUAUGGGCUGCAUUGCCUUCAAUCUUUGCACCCAAGCAGGCUGGGCAGCGCUUCAAUGCCUAUAAAAACCUUACCUCCAUCAGACUCAAGGAGGGUGAGGGCUUGCUAAGCCUUGUGGGUCGUGUAUCUGAGGCUGUGCGCUUCCUCAAAAGCUCUAGGCCUGAUUCCUUCACACUGGAUAAGGCUGAUGAAGAGCUGCAUGCUGUGGUUCUCCUCAUGGCCUUGCCUGAUUCUGAGCCUGCUUAUGCAACUCUGAAGGCUCCCUUUGAGCAAUCCCAUGAUGCUCUCAAGGUGGCUGCCAUUGAACAGGCCUUUACCUCAUGGUCUGCUUUCAGGGCAGCAGGCAAUGCAGGAGACUCUGGGCAGAGCAAUCCUCUGUCUGGAGCUGCAAUGAUCACUUCUGCCAAUCCUCCUUCUGCUGCACUGGAGGCUGCAUCUGGUCCCUCCCAGCCUUGCAGUGAUGAUGAAAUCGACUUCUUGCGUCGAGCUCCACCACCUCCAUCUCCACCACCAGCUGGGGAUGCCCCGCUUCACCAUCCACCCUCGCCUCCUCCUCCCCAAUCUCCAAUUGGGGUGGCAGCUCGUCGUGCUGCUGCUGGCAUCCAUCGUGUCCCUGCACCACCCAGGAGGGCUCCAGCUCCGGCUGCAGCUCCUCCCAGGCGCACUAUGGCAGAGAUCUUUGUAGAGAUCCCUGAAGACCUCAGUGACGAUGAGCUGCUUCUGAAGUCAUCCUCUGCCCUUAUUGUGGCUCGUGAGGGUGACCCCUCAGAUCCUAAGCUGGCAGCAGCUCACGCUACUGCAGUGCAGUCUGUGUUGUCUGCUGUAGCCUCUAGGAACCCCAGGUCGUUCUUUGAAGCGUCCAAGCGGGAGGAUGGUCCAUUAUGGCGCGUUGCAGCUGCAUCUGAGAUAGACUCUCUGCUCAGCAACUGCACAUGGGAUGUGGUCGACUUGCCACAAGGGGUCAAGCCAAUCCGCUCUCAAUGGGUGUUUGUGUUGAAGCAGGAAAUGCAGAGAGGACUGGAGUCAACAGUAAGAAGCUCUGCAUUGCAAGACAAGACAAGAAAAGAAUCUACAGACCUGGAGUCAACAGUAAGAAGCUGA